AUGAAAGGCGCUUCCAUCCUGAGGCUACAAGACAAGGUCGCCCUCAUAACCGGCGGCGCCAGCGGCAUCGGAGCCGCCGCCGCCCGCCUCUUCUCCAGACACGGCGCAAAGGUCCUCGUCGCCGACAUCAAGCCGGCCGAAUCCGGCGACGCGAUUUCCUACAUCCGCUGCGACGUCACGAGCGAGUCGGACGUCCGGAGCGCCGUCGACGCGGCGGUGUCGGAGCACGGCAGGCUGGACAUCAUGUUCAGCAACGCCGGCAUCAUGGAGCACCAAUCCCCGGCGAUCUCGUCCUUCGACCGCGCCACGUACGACGCCGUUUUCGGGGUUAACGUGUACGGCGCGUUCCUGGCGGCGAAGCACGCGGCGAGGGUGAUGGUCCCCGCGGGGAAAGGGUCCAUCGUUUUCACGGCGAGUAGCGUCACGCGCAGCUACGGGCAAGGGCCGCACGCGUACACCGCCUCGAAGCAUGCGGUGGUGGGCCUGACGAAGAACCUGGCCGUGGAGUUGGGCCCGCACGGGGUUCGGGUGAAUUGCGUCUCGCCGUUUGGGGUGGCGACUCCGCUGGCGAUUGGCGAGUCCGGGCUGGACGGGGAUGGGUUUCGUGGAGUGAUUGCUGGGAUGGCCAACUUGAAAGGGACGUUUCUGGAGGCGGAGGAUGUGGCGGAGGCGGCGGUGUAUUUGGGGAGCGACGAGUCCAAGUACGUUAGUGGGCUGAACCUCGUUGUCGAUGGGGCGUACAGUUUGAAGAGUGCUUCUUGA